CCCCACCCCUCACUUUAACCUCGGCGGCGAGGAGAAGAUGGGAAAGAAAGAAACCGCUCUCCCCAGCAGUUCUCGGCCAAAGAAGCCCGUUGGAAGCCUCCACGCCACCUUCACCAAUCAUUCUCCUUUAUGCCGUCAAGCGCACACGCAACCACCAGCUCAUCGUAUGCCUGUUUUCAAAAGCCACGCGUUGGAAUUGGAAGAGGCUGAGAUUGAGAAGAAUGAAACAAACGCAAUGUCGUUUGGGAGGAGAAGCCAGAUGAGAAAAUACUUCUACGCAUGGGAUGGGUAAUGAGAUGCAAGGGGUUCAUCAGGGGUAAUGGGAGGAGCCUUAUUCGAAGUGGGAAUUAACACGUGCAGUACAAGAUUUGAAAGUUGAAGUUUUCAGAUGGACCCGGUUAGAUCAAAUCAAUCAAUUCUAUGAUCAAGAUGAGUGUAAAGGGGGUAAAUUCUACGCCUUACGUAUUCUUUUAAGUAUUAUGAUUUUAAGUAUUUUAGCGAAUUGGUUACCGUUGCUUGGUUAUGUUUAUGUUUGAUUCUUUGUGCUUUGCUUGAGCUAUGAUUUGAGGUGAUUUUGUGCUAUUUGAGGUGAUAUGAGGUGAUUUUGUGCUAUUUACCUUAAAGCGUUAUGUUUGAGUUAUUGUUAAAGUUUAAGAAACAAGUUCUUUUUAA